UUUCUUCAAACGACAAAUUCAAACGGCUUACUAAAACAAGAAACGUACGAAAUAAGACGGCUCUAUCUACGCUAAGGAAGGAGGUUGAGAUGAGAAUAGCACUAGCCGAGAAGAGAGUCCCCCACUGGAAGAACUGAACGGCGGCGACCAAAACUCAUCUACAAUUUUCAUAGCUGCUCAUGGCGUUGGCGAUAAUGAUCCUCUGUGGAAUCAUUGCCGUGGUAUCCAUUUAUCUUGUCGCCGGAAAAUUGCGUCAGAAGCGGCGGACCAGCAAGUACCAUCCGAUAGGCGGCACCGUCUUUCACCAGCUCAGGAAUUUCCGCCGACUACACGAUUACAUGACCGAUCUGGCGGCCAAACACAAGACGUACAGACUGUUGAACAUAUUCCGGAGCGAGGUUUACACUUCCGACCCGGCUAACGUUGAGUAUAUGCUGAAAACCAACUUCGAAAAUUAUGGCAAGGGAUGGUACAACCACAACAUUCUCAAGGAUUUAUUGGGUGAUGGGAUUUUUACAGUGGAUGGUGACAAGUGGAGGGAGCAGAGAAAAGUCUCAAGCCAUGAAUUCUCCACGAGGGUACUAAGGGAUUUCAGCAGUAUGGUCUUUAGAAAAAAUGCUGCAAAGCUCACUAACAUUAUAUCCGAAGCUGCAGAUUCUGAUACGCCUAUAGAUAUCCAAGACCUUCUUAUGAAAGCGACUUUAGAUUCAAUAUUCAGAGUUGCAUUUGGAGUGGAGUUAGACACUAUGUGUGGAUCGAAUGAAGAAGGCACCAAAUUUAGCAGUGCCUUUGAUGAUGCAAGUGCCAUGACACUAUGGAGAUAUGUAGAUAUUCUGUGGGGCAUAAAGAAAGCUUUGGGUAUUGGUUCAGAAGCAAAAUUGAAAAAAUGUGUACAAGUGAUAGAUGAGUUUGUGUAUAAGCUGAUAUCUAACAAGAGUGAGAAGUUGCAGAAGUCAGAAGAUGCAUCAAUUCAGUUGAAAAAAGAGGACAUAUUAUCAAGGUUUCUGCAACUGACUGAAACUGAGCCUAACCCAAAGUAUCUGCGAGACAUUAUAUUGAACUUCAUAAUAGCUGGGAAAGACACAACGGCGGCUGCAGUGUCCUGGUUUAUUUACAUGGUUUGCAAGCAUCCUGUUGUGCAGGAAAAAUUGGUCAUGGACAUAAUGGAUGCAACAGGCUCAAAGGACACAGCAAAUGUUUCAGACUUCCUCACCAUUUUGAGUGAUGAAGCUCUGGAGAAGAUGCACUACCUUCAUGCAGCACUGACUGAAACUCUUCGACUCUAUCCUGCAGUUCCUGUGGAUGCAAAAGUGUGCUUGUCCGAUGACACAAUGCCGGAUGGAUUCAGUUUGAAGAAAGGUGAUAUGGUGGCUUAUCAACCAUAUGCAAUGGGAAGGAUGAAAUUCCUAUGGGGCGACGAUGCAGAAGAGUUUAAACCUGAAAGAUGGCUAGAUGAUAAUGGUUGCUUCCAACCAGAGAGUCCCUUCAAAUUUACAGCUUUCCAGGCCGGUCCACGUAUAUGCUUGGGGAAGGAAUUUGCUUACAGACAGAUGAAGAUAUUCUCGGUGGUUCUGCUGAGGUUCUUUGUCUUCAAAUUAAGCGACGAGAGGCGGACAGUGAGGUACCGUACUAUGAUCAACCUUCACAUCGAUGGUGGACUAAGCGUGCGUGCCUUCCACAGACAAGGUUAUAAAUUCUCAUGAAUCUUGUAUGCAUAAAUACCGUUAUUUGGGAUCGCUGUGUAGUUGUUGUUCCAAGCAUUGUGUGUCAUUCGGACUUGUAAACCGAGUUGUACAACUCAAAUAGUUCCAAAAAUAACUUGUGUCAAUCUUUUUUUUUUUUUUUUUAUUUUUUUAUGACGUGAGAAUCCGCCGCUGCUACUGAAAAUGCGCACUAUAGAUCUGGAGGUGUUGAGGUUUGAAUCCAUGACAAGUUCACUUCCCACACCACCAGGCCAACUCUUUAAGCGACUUGUGUCAAUUUUAUUUUCUUAAGUUUCGAGUUGCUAACGAGCCUGAUUGAAUCUAGCUUUUCAUGAUUGAGUUUUGCUCGAUAUGAAUUCCAGCUGUGCUAGUGUUUGUUUGCUAAUAGAU